AUGUCUCCUCGUCUAGCAUGGAUCGGCCUCGGCAACAUGGGUCGAGGAAUGGCCUCCAACCUCGCCGCUAAGGGCCCCCAAACCACCCCCCUGAUCAUCUACAACCGCACCGCCGCGCGGGCCGAAGCCUUCGUCAAGGCCACCCCCAACACCACCGUCUCCACCUCCCUCGCCGACACCGUCACCAAGGCGGACAUCAUCUUCACCUGCGUCAGCGACGACGCCGCCAUCACCUCCCUGGUCACCUCCGCCCUGGCCACCGACGUCAAGAACAAACUCUUCGUCGACUGCUCCACCGUGCACCCGGACACGACCGCCAGCGUGCACCAGCAGCUCACCGCCGCGGGCGCGCGCUUCGUCGCGAGCCCCGUCUUCGGCGCGCCCGCCAUGGCCGCCGCCGGCCAGGUCAUCUGCGUGCUGGCCGGUGCGCCCGCGGACGUCGAGGCCGUCAAGCCCUACACGACCGGGGUGAUCGCUAAGUCGUUCCUGGACUUCUCGGGUAGCGCGCCCGCCAAGGCCUCGCAGCUGAAGGUGCUGGGCAACACCUUCGUCAUCGGCAUGGUCGAGUCCAUCGCCGAGGGGCUGGUCGUCGCCGAGAAGACCGGCCUGGGCACCGACGCGCUCAUGCAGUUCUUCGAGAACGUGUUCCCUGGCCCCUACGUCGCGUACGCCAACCGCAUGCGCACGGGCGACUACUACAAGCGUGAGGAGCCGCUGUUCGGCAUCGACUUGGUCCGCAAGGACGCCAGACACGCCUUGCAUAUGGCCCGUACCGCGGGCGCCACGAUGCGGGGCGUCGAGUUGGCCGAUAAGUACAUGGAGAAGGUGCAGGAGAAGCAGGGCGAGAAGGGCGACUUGGCGGGUAUCUAUGGCGCCGUCAGACAGGAGGGUGGCUUGGAGUUUGAGAACUAG